GGCAUCUACUUUCCUCUUCUUACCCAUUCUUCAUCCAUACCAAACCAUCACAAGAAAAGAGAGAGAGAAACCAAAAACAACGAAAAUUCCGCAAAAACAAUAUUCACAAAUCAAAGAAGAACGAAACCGCGUUGAGAGAAAGGAAAAUCAGAAGACUCUGAUCAUGAAGAAAAACUGCGAACUCUGCAAGCUUCCAGCUAGAACUUUCUGUGAGUCAGACCAGGCUAGCUUAUGCUGGGACUGCGAUUCUAAGGUCCACGCUGCUAACUUUUUGGUUGAGAGACACAUGAGAACUCUCCUCUGUCACGCUUGUCAAUCUCCCACGCCGUGGAAAGCCUCCGGUGCUAGGCUCGGUAACGCGCUUUCGUUGUGUGAUAGAUGCGCCGGCGGAAGAAAACUCCACGCCGACGCCAACGCCAACGCCAACGCCGGUACCAGCGCUGAACAACAAGAUGAAAGCGAAGGUGACAAUGACAAUGAAGAAGAUACGGAUUACGAUUCCGAUGAGGAUGAUGAUGAUGUUGAUGGUGAUGAGGACGGUGAUAAUCAGGUUGUACCUUGGUCGUCAACGGCGGCGCAGCCUCCACCGGCUUCGAGUUCCUCCGGUAGCGAUGAGUCGGUUUCGGUUAGCAAGUGCAACGAUAACCACGAUGAGGUUAUUUCGAAGUUAGUUACAACGAUUUCUUUGAAACGACGUCGUUUGGAUCAUGAUUUUGAGGUUUCGGAUUCGAAAAAUUGGAAAAAUCAACGAAGAGAGGUGGAUGAGGUUGAUUUGAUAGGGUGCGACGGGGAACCGUCGUCGAAGGCGGCGAUGCGGCGGUAUAGCGACUUAAAUGGAUCGGAGCAUUCUCAGCCACACGAUUGAGGCCGUACUAUAUUAGAGAUAUUAUUUUAUUUGUAAUCUCUUUGAUUAACUUUCUCUAACAAAAACUAAACUACUUAGAUUUUUUUAUAAUUACUACUAUGCAAUGUAUGCAUUAGUUUAUUUUUUUGUUUUGAUAUUUUAAGGAUUAUGGUUGUGGCCUUGUGGGUGAUUAGCUUAGUAGCUUUGCUCAAUUUAUUUUUAAUUGCAAAGAAAUAUUUUUCUUGUUUAUAUAACUUAGGUAAAGGAUGAAUUGUAUGUUUUGAAAAUGAGAGAAAAACCAUAUAAUUAUUAAUUGUAA